AUGCCUGCGUUAACGAAGAGAUCUCUGGCGACGCGUUUAGCGCGAUUGGAGAAAAAGUUAGGCGUCGAUAUCUCACAAAGCGAUGAUGACAUCGAGGAAGAAGACGCGUUGAAAAAAGAGGUCGAAGAAAAAGAGGAGCAAACAGAAGUGAAAAACAUCAGGUCGUUGAAAGACGUGCUCGAAACGCACGUCUCUGGACUCUCCGCGGAUGGACUCGAAUACGUCUGGUUCGAUACGUCCAUGCCUCUUUGGACGAGGUUUAUCAUUGGAACUGUACUUUUUGCCAGCUUUGGAACCAUGCUGUGGCUGAUUAACGAAACCGUGCUCGAGUAUCGGUCCUUCCCGUUCGCGACGAAUAUACAGUUUCGAGAACGAGCGAACGCGAGAUGGCCGGCGAUUAUGUUUUGCCCGAACCACGCUGAAUUGAGCAAAGAUAAGAUGGAAAAAAUUGUGAGUGAGGGCGGUAUGGAGAAGUAUUCAAACGGCGCGAACGAAACGUUCAUGAAGUCGAUGGUGAGAAGAUACGGUAUUUGUUUGGAGUUCAACUAUAAGGAUAAAGUGAACGACAAGUUUUGCGCCGAAGAUGAGAACGGAGACACGCACGAGACGGAUUGCUUGUUCGGUUUAUACGGAAAUCAGUACGGUUUGAACGUCUUUUUGGAUCCGCUUCUGCGGUUUAACUCGAUCAACCCGAGUGAUCCGUAUACCGACGCGACGGCGUUGUACGACGCGAGCGAUAUCAAUAAGAGGUACCACGGAUUGUACAUCGAGCUGCACGGGACCAAACACGAAGCCAUGCCUACAUUCAAUUCCGUUUUGAGCGCCGUCGGUCAAGUAUCGUUCAUAUCGAUGAGCGAACGAGAGACGAAGCGACUCGGGAAGCCGUAUCACGAGAAAGAGUGCAGGAAAGAUCCACUAUAUUCCAAAGCCGUUUGUAUCACCGCGUGCGAAGAAGAUAUCCACAAAAAAUGUCCGUACGAUACAACGAAAACGCUCGAGGAAAAUCUGCACGGCGAUUCGAAAUAUCACGAGUGUUAUAACACGGAGAUGGCGUCCCCAAUCUGCCAAUGUGACGAGCAGUGCGAAUCGGACGACUUUAUACCAAUCGUGUCGACAACAGAAGUGCACCCGAACGCCUCCAUCGAUGCUACCAUGAAGCCAUCGCCGGAUUUGAACGAGUACGCGAACGUUCACGUGUAUUACAACGCCUUGAGUUUGGAAGUUAUCGAAGAGUUACCUGUUUUCAAUUUUUUCGUCUUCGUCGGCGUGAUAUUCGGUCACAUCGGUUUCUUCACCGGUUUCACCUUGAUCUCGGUUUCGCAAAUCGCCGUGUGCAUUUUGCACCUCUUGAAAAGAAUCGUUGCGAAGAAAUAUUGA